AUGCCUCUGGCCAAAGAUCUGCUGAACCCAUCCUUUGAUUUUGAGAGAAGACAGCAUAAGAAAAGGCUUGUGCAGAGUCCCAACUCGUACUUCAUGGAUGUAAAAUGCCCAGGUUGUUAUAAGAUCACGACUGUGUUCAGUCAUGCGCAGACGGUUGUGCUGUGUGUUGGGUGUUCAACAGUGCUCUGCCAGCCCACAGGAGGAAAAGCAAGGCUGACUGAGGGUUGUUCUUUCAGAAGAAAGCAGCACUGAGAAGGAUGAAAAAGGAGUGAUGCUUUGAAUACAAAGAAUUGUGCAACUUCUUAAUGCCUUACUUUUUCAUUGAUUACAAUGAAUGAACUUUAAAUGUGAUUAUGAAUGGUGCAUGGCAGGUUCUUUCUACCAUGCUAUCAGUUCAGUGCUUCUGAAUAGUUUCUUCUGCAUGAUACAGUUGCAUCCUGCAAUUUAAUCCAAACAAACAUAUUCAAAACAGUCAGUGCAACAUUUUCAGUUUCAUUUCUCUUCUCGUGCAAUAUUAUUCAGCACCUUGACGUCAUGUUAUGUAAUUUUUAACAUCUAUCUUUUAUUGUUGAAACCUUUUACAUGCAUCUACACUACCGUUCAAGUUUGGGGAGGGUACGAUUU